AUGGACGCCUUCAGCUCGGGGUCGGAGCUGAGCAGCGCGGACGAGGCGUCCGGCGACGAGCGCAUGAGCGCACCGAGCCGCGCGGAGCGCACCGAAGAACGCCGCGCACGCAGCGCGUCCAACGCGGACGAAAAGGAGACGCCGCAGCCGAAGCGCGCAAAACUCGAGGACCGUGCGGAGGCCGAGAAGCCCAAGCCCAAGCCCAAGCCGCCGGCCGCCACGCCGCGUGCCACGGCACCGACCAGCGACGACCCGGUGAACAUCGAGGCGCCACGGCAGGCGCGGCAGGCACAGAAGCCAAACGAGCCGGCAUUCGGGCGCAACAUGUCGGGAUGGGACCAGCUCUUUGGGCCGAUCGCCGCGACACCCAAGCCCGAGCCGCGCGCCAAGGACCAGACACCGGAGCAGCGCGCGGCCGCGGCCGAGGCGCGCGCCAAGGCGCGCGAGGCCGAGGCCAAGCAGCGCUCCGCGCGCGAAAAAGAGGCACGCGAAAAAGAGGCCCAGGAGAAGGAGGCACAGGCGCGCGCCGCACGCGAGGCCGCCGCACGCGAAGCCGCGCGGCCCCCGCCCCCGCCACGGCCACAGGACCGCCGGCCACAGUCCGUGUCGGCGGACGAGCUUGCAGAGCACCGCCGCCGCCUGCGCCCGGCGCUCGACGGAAAGACGCCGCAGCUGGAUCUGCUUGCGAGCUGCCGCGUGAUUAGUGCGUUUGAGGAGGCGAUGGGGCACGAGCGGCGACACCUGCGUGCGUCGCGCUUCGGAGCAGGAUUGCACCACCUCGGCGAGAGCAAGAAUGCGGGAGGAGGCGCGCCACCCAAUGGGGGGGAAGCUGCGCCGGAUGCGAAGUAG